GAGAAUCCAUUCAGGAAUCGUAUUGUGGAAUCGUUUUCUGAAGACGGCCAGGGAAACCUCAGCUUCAAUGACUUUGUGGACAUGUUUUCAGUUCUCAGCGAAACGGCUCCCAGAGAACUGAAAGCCAUUUAUGCUUUUAAAAUAUACGACUUCAAUGUGGAUAAUUACAUCUGCAAGGAGGACUUAGAAAAGACUCUAAACAGGUUAACGAAGGAGGAACUAACACCAGAGGAGGUUAAUCUGGUGUGUGAGAAGGCCAUUGAGGAGGCCGACCUGGAUGGAGACAGCAAGCUCUCCUUUGCCGACUUUGAGAACAUGAUCUCCAGGGCUCCUGACUUUCUAAG